AUGGACAGUAAAAGAAUUAAAUUAAUAACUAAAUUCUUAGAGAGGGUGUUCUAGAGUUCUCAUAGUGUAUCUUCAGCUGAAAUGGUAUCUGAAUAAGCACUGCGAGUAAAUUGGUCAUAGAAUAAUUUUAGAGAUAAUGCCACAUAUAAUUACUCUAACUUUUAUUCUUUUAAUAACUCAUCAAGAGAAAUCGGAUAAAAGCUAAAUGACUUCCCCGUUUAAAUAUCACCCACUGUUUCAACAACAUCACCUAAGCUUUAAUACAGAGCUACUCUCUAGUAGAUCCCCGACAAAACUAAAACAAAAACGAAUGGUGUUAUUGAGAUUUACAAAGGAGAAGAUGUAAUCUAGCAAGCAAGUUUGGCUGAAUAUCAUGAAAAAGUUUUAAAUGAUGCUAUUGUAGGUCCAGCAUUUGUAUGGAAUAAAUCUGAAACCAAGUUCCUUUACAUCGCUCAAACUAAAACUAAGCCUACUAAGUCUUACUUUGAAGUAGAAUCUGAUGCAGACUUGGCUGAUGCUAUUAGAAAUAAUAAAUACGAAUAAGAUUUUGGUGAAAAGUCAGGAGGAACCAUUAAAACUCAAUUAUUCGAAUAUGAUGUCGAACAAGCCACUCUUUAUUCAAUUGAUAUUCCUGAAAAUGUCUUCCCAUGUUAUCCUCAAUACCUUGAUGAAAAAGGAGAGUAAAUCUUGUUUUAAGGAUAUAAAAUCCACCCUGAAUUUAAGUAUGGCAUACUUCACUGUUUCAACAGAUACACAGAUAUUUAUUUCCUCGAAAAGCCACAACGUAAUUAGCUCUUCCCAAAGCUUCCUAAAGAUACAAGCAAAGAAGAUAAUAAAUAAGAAGCUGAAAAGAAAGAAAAUGAGAAGAAGUAAGUUGAAUUCAAAGUUUUGAGCAAUGAUGAAGCAUCUUUCAGACCAAUUAUCAGUCCAGACGGUAAAAAGAUUGCUUACUUUGGUGCUCCAGUUAGCCCUGCUCACGUAAACUAUCUGGCUAUGAAGAUUAUUAGCACUGAAGAUUGGAGCAUUAAAGAAAUAAUUCCAGUCAGAAAGGAAAAUUUAACAGAAACAGGAGAGUUUAUGGGUAUUUGUGGAUAUUAUGACGAUUUAAAGAACUUCUUCUGGCUAAAUGAUAGCAAGCAUUUUAUUUUUACAACCAAUUAUUCAGGAUCACUUGGAACAUUCUUAGUCAAUACAGAAACUAAAGAAGUUGGCAGAUUUUAGGUCAAUCAAACAUUGUCAGAUGUCUUUUAAAUAUUAAACUACAACCCUAUUUACAACACUCUCUUUGCUUCUCAUGUAAAUAUGAAAGGACCAUCGUCUUUUGCAUUCCUCAAAAACUUAGAUUUAACCUAAGACGUCAAAACUAUAGUUAAUAAUGCUUAAUGGUAAUACGUUACCUUAACAAACGGAGCAUCUUCCAUCUUCCCUGCUCUUAGAAAGUUUGGAUUGGAAAACUUAGAAGAAACACUCUUAAAAUCUGGUGAAUCUAGAGGCUUUUUAUGGAGAAUUGGCCAAUUCAAUAAUGAAGAAGCUCCAAAGGAGUUAAAGGAACUUUAUGAAAAUAAUGAAAAAUUGAACCCACUUUCUUAUAAAAAUGAAGAAAGACCUUUAAUUGUCUUUAUUCAUGGUGGACCUCACGGAAGCACUCGUGGAGAUUUUACUUCCCUUCGUAUGUAUUUCUUACUUCAAGGAUACAAUAUUUUAGCACCUAAUUUCACAGGUACUGCAGGUUUCGGCCAAGAUUAUAUCAACAAGCUCUUAACUAAAAUUGGUGAUACUGACACUAAAGAAAUCCUUGACAUGAUUGAUUAAGUAAUAGAAAAGAAGCUCUGCGAUCCAACCAAAAUUAUUGUUAUGGGAGGAAGCUAUGGAGGUUAUAUGACAGGCAUAUUAGCUGCUAGACAUCCAAACAAAUUCAGAUGCGGCAUAUUAUUAAAUCCUGUUGUCAACAUUCCUUUUAAUAUAAAUAUUACAGAUAUUCCUGAUUGGUGUGUUGCAGAAAGUUUUGGUAAAAAUAUGACAUGGAAUUUGACUGGAGACGAUUACAAAACUAUGUUUGAGUAAUCUCCCAUGAGUUUGCCUAAUAAAUUAACUACAUUAAAUCUAGUUGGAGCAAAAGACAGAAGAGUUCCUUACCAAUAGAGUUUAGCUUAUCAUGCAUAAAGCGUAUUCAACGGUACUGACAUUUAAACCUACAUUUAUCCAGAGUCAGAUCACGCUCUAGAUGACUCCUUGCCAACAAUUUUUGAUAGCUUAAUGAAGCAAAUAACAUUUAUUGAAGCUAAUUUAUUAAAAUGA